GCACACGAGAAAGGCAAUCCAGAGAAGAACGCUACAGCAAUAGUUUCUCUCUCAUUGGAGAAGUCAAUACGAUUCGAACAUGACUCGUAUUCCCUAAGGAUAACACCGUCUAUGCCACUUCAUACUGUACUGCUCACAGUGAAGGCAUUUUCAAGUCAGGGUGCGGCAGUCCGCUAUUCGCUGGGAAAUGUGAAUGCCGUCGUGUCCGUUGGCGAAACCACUGGGCAAUUGACAUUUGCUGGACUACCAAAAGUAAAAGCAGGGAUCCUUCAGUAUGAGCUAAUGGCCACGAACCGAAUAGAGACAACCAAAGCCAAGCUGACGGUGGUCGUGGAGACAGAAUCAGGCUGCUGUUCACGAAUGGAAUUCGAGAAACAAGAGUAUCAUUUACAAAUGGGAUCUUUCCCUGUGAUAGGUACUAUCAACGUCCGCGGGCAACAAAAGCCGAACUAUAGGCUCAUGAAUAUGAACAAGUAUUUUGUCGUCGAUCAAGAUGGUGUGGUUCGCCUUCAACUGGAAUCACGUCCACCUUGUGCUACAUGUGAAUUGGUUGUAUUAGCUACUAGGGACGACGGCGCUACCAGUGUGGCAAAGAUUAUUGUAAAAAAUCCGUCAUUUGCCGCCACGUCGUCUUCAAUCUUGACUGUGAUGAUAUUCGUGAUCUUGGCGUUAAUUUUCGCCUUGUUACUGGUAUUCGUGUUUCGAAAAGCGCACUACGCCAGGCAUUACGUCGUUAACGCCGAUACAGAGAAGACCUUUGAGCCGUCCAAAUCACCGGCUCCGAAGCGGACGGCAGGUGCUCAUCUGGUCCCGGUGACGGUUACCAGACAGGACGGUGCUCCAACUGUGUAUUUUUGA